AUGGUGCGGACUCGUCUCACCGCUGUUGUCGGCUCGGGUCCGACCACCUCCCGCCGGUCCCCCGGCUACCCGGAGAGUGGCCUCCCAGCAUCAUCCCGGCGGAGCCCACCCAGCAAGGCAGCCCGGCCGGCGCUGACGCUGGUCCGGCGGGUCGACCAGCAUCCGGACCCGGACCCGGACGAGGGUCCGAGCUCCGGGUGUCUCGGCGGCCACUCGCCGGCCGGACCCGUCACCCUGGCCUUCUGCGUCGGCUUCCUGCUGGCCCUGAUCGGCGUCAUCGUCUACAUGGAAGUAUACGUUUGGGCAGACGAGUAACUACAUCGUUCUCGCCAUGAUCAUCAGCAGCAUCAUCAUCAGAGAG